AUGCAGCUUUUUUCAGAUUGCGUUUUGCUGAAAUUCACUGAAAAAGAAGUGAAAGAAAUCCGAAAAAACUCAAGUGUUUUACGAGAGUUAUUGAAAGAACGUCAUAUCACAUUCAGGCCUGAAGAUGCUCUCAUCAUAUCAAAAGGAAUUUUGAAAUUCAGUCUACGCACCAUUCACUUCAGUCCGGUUUCAACCGAUCAAAGACCGGAAUGCUAUCGGAUUGAUGUAAGUUUUGCUUUUUUACUUGAUUUUGUUUCGGUAAUAUUUGACAAUUCGCGACAUACAGGACAAGUAUACAUAUAUUUAUCAACAAUAAUUAGCUAUGUUACUUUGUGCAGUGGCCGAGUAUUGCAUGGUAUAUUUUUUUCCCAAGCAUAGCA